CGCGAAAAUGUCCUAAAAAAACCUGAAUCGAUGUUUUAUAUUUGCUUAAAGAAACAAAAGAAAACAAAGUGUAUAAAGUUAUAGAGUGAGCGCCAAUUUAUAAACAUCCAUGCGUCGAUGCGUACUUUCUUCCAAUGUGGUCCUCCUUAAAGAAUAAUGAGCUUGAAGCGUAAACACACAUUUCCCCUGGAAGGCGACGAUCACCAGGAGAACGAUCCGGAUCGUGAGGCUCCAAGGACUAAGCAGCUCAUUACAUCGACCGCCCUCAAUCCACCAAGAGCCAAUGAGAGGAGUUCUUUGUCCAGGUUUAAUUCAUCCUGGAUGGCUCUCCAAAGGAGCGAAACCAGCAGAAGUCAACCGUAUUCUCCCGGAAACACCAGUGUUUUAUCAUGUUCCCAACUUCUGAACACCAGUUGGCCGGGAACGAAGCGACGAGCCAAAGCCUUGCCCCUUGUGGUCCAGAAAUCCUCAAGGCCCCCUCCCUUGGCCAAGAACGUGGAGCUCAACGCAACCUCUUCAUUCCAUACCCCUGGGGAAACGGCCAAUGGUAGAAGCCUUUUGCUGGAGUCCGCAUCCUCUCAUCGCAGAAACCAUCCCAAUAUAUUUGAUCUAGCCUGGCAGGCUAUGAAAAGGACCGGAACUAGCAGCAGUCAACUAGAUUAUAAGGAAAACAAUACAUCCUCAUCAUGUUCACAGCUCCUGAACGCCAGUUGGUCGGAAUCCUCUCCGGUUAUCAAACUCGUGCCGGAUGAAAGCCCCAAGCAGUACUUGCCAAUUACCCCGAAAGUGAAUUUGAAGCAAAAUCAACGCUGUUUAAGGGGAGGCUAUGCCGACGAUUUUCGGCGGUUCCUGAAAAAUGUGCGCAUGGAUCAGCGUCAUAUAAAUGACAGAGUAGCCACCCACACAGUUCAAGUAUUGGCUAUAUCACAGGAGUGCAGCCUUUCCAUGGCUCUAGUCGCACCGGAAAGUGGUGGAUCCAACUUUAAUAUUCUUCUUCAAAAGAAGCAGUCGGGGCUAGUAAAAGUUGGCUCUAGACUACAAUUCUACCUGGAUCCAAACACAAAGCCCAUCCGGCUAAAAAACCAACAAUUGGUUUAUUGCCGUCCCCACAACAUAAGUGUGCUAUAAAGACA